AUGCGUGCUGCACACUCCCUUGUUUGGUUGGCCACAGCUGCCACGGUUGCCACCGCCGUCAGGAUCAACAAGCCCCGUCUUCUGUCGAAAAGACAGAUGAACUGGGAAGAUCAGGAAGAGGCAACAUACGACGAUGCCUGCAAUAUUGGUUAUUGUUCUGUGUUCGGAGCAACUAUUGGCGGCUGGGGGGCUGAGCACAACUUUGUCAAGACAGUGGAUGAGUUUACCGCUGCCGUGGCAGGAACAGAAGUAGGCGUGGUUAUUGUCGGUGCGGCUAUUGAGGCAGAAGGCAUCCAAGUUGCAGUAGGGUCCAGUAAGACCAUUAUCGGUGCUCCUGGAAGCUGUAUGUUGUUUCACACACCAAGUUUUUUUUUGUCGCUCAGCACUGACACACCACACUUGCUGUUAACAGCUCUGAGUGGUAUCAGCCUGUUGCUAAAAGACAGCCGCAACGUUAUCGUCCGUAACCUAGUCAUCUCCAACACCAAGACCGACGCUAUCACUAUCCAGAACGGCCGCUCCAUCUGGCUCGACCAUCUAGACAUCUCGGCUUCGGGUGGAAAGCUUCUCGGAAUCACUAGCGGCAGUGACUACAUCUCGGUGAGCCACAACAAAUUCCACGGCUUCUCACACGCCUCCGACUCAGCCGUGGCAAUCGGGCACCCACACAGCAGCGCUCUUGAGGACAACGACAAAUUCCACAUAACAUUUGCGAGAAACCACUUUGUGAACGUCACCAAUGCCCUGUCGUUCCGAUCCGGCACUGGGCAUAUCUUCAAUUCGUUCUACGAGAAGCCACAGAGAGGUCUUGACAUUGGAAGUGGUGGGAAGGUGCUGGUAGAGAAGAGUGUGUUUGACGGAAUUGGGACUGGAAAUGCAGUGUUUUCCUCUGACGGGAGAGGCUAUGCUACCAUUAAAGACGUCGUGGUUGUUGGCGCCUAUGGGAGCUUCCCUCCCGAAGCCGACCUGAGCGAGGAAAAUGUAGCAUAUCCGUAUGACUGGUUCAUCUACGAAACAGCCAAGGUCAAAGAUGUAGCUAGUCGAUGGGCAGGGCAGACGCUCAAGUUCAUGUCUUGGGAUUAG